UGUGUGUGAAGAUGGGGUGUCCAAGUGUCGAAGAUAUUCUUAGGUCAGGCCAACCCCUUCCUGCUGACAAAGCAAGGAUGGCCAAAAAAAGCCCAAAGGGAGGAGAGCGGUUUAGGAGUGGAAGCAGCAGAAAUGGCCAUCAAAGUGUUAGAUCUGUUGUACUGGCGAGAUGUGGGGACCACCGGGCUGGUGUUUACAGGUUUGGUUGUGGGUUUGGCUUGUUUGUUCCAGCUCAGUUUCAUCACGAUCCUGUCCAACCUUGGCUUGGGCAUCUUGGCCUUCACCCUCCCUGUGUGCUUUCUUUACAAAGCCCUGGAGCUGGUCCGCCUCAGUGACGGAUCGCACCCCUUCCAGUCAUAUUUGGAUGAGGACCGCACAUUGACAGAUGAGGACACGGUCCGCAUGGCCGAACAAAUCGUUUUGCUGAUUGCUACGGCUGUCACCAAGCUGAAGAGGCUUUUCUUCAUUGACAGCAUCAUGGAGUCAGUGAAGUUCUUUGGGUUGCUAUAUCUGAUGACCUACGUGGGGGUCCAAACCAAUGGUCUCACACUGGUGAUGACUGGUGUGAUAUGUGCUUUCUCUCUGCCACUGCUGUGCAGACUUCAAAAGGAAAGGAUCAAGAUGAUUGUCAAAGCAAUUAAAACACUUGUGGAGAGAAUCACUGAAAUAAUUGAUCUUGUUGUAUCACUGGUCAAGCCUCCACCAGCACCAGCCCCUGCACCUUCUCCUGCCCCCACAUCAAAACAUAAACAGAAGACAAAAUGAAGAUGAAGGAGAGAGAAAUGGGGUUUAAGAAAGUCUUACGGUGCAGCUGUGGCCCUGCUUAUCACCUGGUGUUAGGCAAGGUUGGGGGGGGUCUCUACAAUCAAAAGUAUGCCAAAUGUCUAAUGUUACUGUGUUCAAUUAUUUAAAUCACAAUGUCUUUUAUAACUAGAAAUUAUAUACAGAGGUGCAAUUUUUAUAAUUACUAGUUAAUUUAGCCUGUCAAGGCUUUUUUUCUACUAAUUUUCAUGGAAGUCUUUAAAAGUGAAACCUAGAGACAGUUGCUAUUAUGUCUUUGCCCACUAGAGGGUACAAUGAAAUUACAAAUUAAACCAAUUCUGGGCCAGCAACAACAUGUUGGGAAAAUUCUGUGAGGUUAAUUCUCUCAAAAAUGUUGGUACUAUCAGUUCUGACAAGGAUUGUUCCCAUAAUUUGGGUUUUAAUACUAAUGUUGUACAUUCAUGAAAUGGAAGCACAGGAAGAGUCUACUGAAUGUUUAUGUCAGUGUCUCACUUUAAAAAAAGUAAUGUUUUGCUUUAGUGUUAAACACAUGUUUUUUGCCUUUUCUUUACAUGUGACAACAUAGAAAACAUCAUAUUGUAUAUUAUUGGACCUGCUCAGAAAGGCUUCUUUUGUGGCAAAUGAGCAUCUGUUGAAGAUGCAAACUCAUUCCAUUGAAAAAUCUAAACGAAAAGCAAUUUCAAAACAGUCAGACAUUUGGGCAAAAAAUACUGGUUGCAGAUGCAGUUGUAAUGAUGAACAGAGAUAAAUAUAUUAUGUUCUUUGAUGUUCAAAUACUUCCACGCAUGGAUGAAGAUAAAAAUAAAUCUGGGAACUGUUGUCACAGGCUUUUAGGAGAGUAUCUGGACCAUCUGUAAAAUGACAUUAAUAUGUCAGAAAUUUGGGAAGGAACUGUUUUAAAGCAAAAGAACAUUUUGCACAUUAAAGGAUAACAGUGUCCAUGAGCACAGUAGGAGCAUUUCAAGAAGAACACACCGAUGAUCCACUGACAAGAACAUUUGCACUCAAAGGAACAGUUCAUAUCUAGUGCCAUUUUAAAUGUCCUGCUUCAGAGUUUAGCUUCAAAUUACCCAUAUGCAUUAUUAUUUGCUAUUAUGUUGUCAUGGGAAUUAUGAAAAGUAGCAAAUUAAGAAAAAGUUGACUUUAGUAGUGGUUCAGU